AUGACGACAUUCAAAACCAGUGAGCUGUACAAAACAGUGGAAGCUAUAAAGCUGAACAUGGAUGCCAUAGAUCCCGAAUUAUGUCGUUCCGAACUAUUAUGCAGAGAGACGACGGACCUGGGGUACCUGGACGAAAGAGAGUUGAGGAGGUUAUACUCAAGUUUUGAAGGACUAAGCCGUCGCAAAGUUAAGUCAAGUUUUGAUCUAGAGGAUACGACACCUUUCCUGCCACCGAAAAAUCAAGAAGCAGCGUGUAUCAAGAAUGAUGAAGGGUCAAAAAAUGAAUGGUUUGAAGAAAACGUAUUGGACGAGAAUUGUGACAUUAAAGAGGUUUAUGUGAAUGAACUGAAAAGUGGAAGAUUCUCUUGGAUAAAAGAUUUCUAUAUUGGGUCUGAUAAAGAAACAAAAUCAUGGCAGAUGUGCAUCACCUACGCUCGAAACACAAAACCUUGCAUGCAAGAUCUAAAGAACGUGUUUGGUGAUAACAUUGCCUCGUUCGUUAAAUUCACCCCAGAAGGUGAUGCUAAGAAGUUUCAAUUUCUUCAAGCAUCUGGUGCUGGUGAAAUGAGUAAACUACCUACAGCCAAGAAGUAUGGCCUGCAAUUUGACGAAACAAAAGGAGAACGUUUUCCGAUAACAGAAGAUGAAGAAGGCGAUGUUUUUGAAGAAGAAGACGGUUCAGGGGCCUUUACGAAUCUAUCAUUUGCUGUGGAGAGCGACGAAGAAGAUGAAGAGAUAUCACGAACUUCCUCUUGUUUUCUUGACACAUUUGAAGCACACAACAGACAGAAGGAGGACUACUGUACCUAUGACGCUGCUGGAUUUCUUGGUAGCAGGCCUUGGUGCAUGCCAUGGGCAAGAACAUGGUGUUUCGAGGAUAGAAAAUGCGAGAGGAACACUCUUUCAGGAAAUUUGACGAAACGGAAACCGUAUGCAAAAAGUAUGGAAAGACUGCGCCGCACAGUUGCGCAAUUUUCUGAUCCUUUGGAUAAGAUAUGGUGCUCCCUGGCGAGGAAAAAAAUAGAAGCUCGUGACAAGAAUGAUGAAGGGUCAGAAUAUGAAUGGUUUGAAGAAAACGUAUUGGACGAAAAUUAUGACAUUAAAAAGGUUUAUGUGAAUGAACUGACAAAUGUAAGAUUCCCUUGGAUAAAAGAUUUCUAUAUUGGGGCUGAUAAAGAAACAAAAUCAUGGCAGAUGUGCAUCACUUACGCUCGAAACACAGAACCUUGCAUGAAAGAUCUAAAGAACGUGUUUGGUGAUAACAUUGCCUCGUUCGUUAAAUUCACCCCAGAAGGUGAUGCUAAGAAGUUUCAAUUUCUUCGAGCACCUGGUUCUGGUGAAAUGAGUAAACUACCUACAGCCAAGAAGUAUGGCCUGCAAUUUGACGAAAGAAAAGGAGAACGUUUUCUGAUAACAGAAGAUGAAGAAGGCGACGUUUUUGAAGAAGAAGACGGUUCAGGGGCCUUUACGAAUCUAUCAUUUGCUGUGGAGAGCGACGAAGAAGAUGAAGAGAUAUCACGAACUUCCUCUUGUUUUCUUGACACAUUUGAAGCACACAACAGACAGAAGGAGGACUACUGUACCUAUGACGCUGCUGGAUUUCUUGGUAGCAGGCUUCGGUCCAUACCAUGGGCAAGACUUACAUGGUGUUUCGAGGAUAGAAAAUGCGAAAGGAACACUCUUUCAGGAAAUUUGACGCAACGGACACAGUAUGUAAAAAGUAUUGAAAGACUGCGCCGCCCAGUUGCGCAAUUUUCUGAUCCUUUGGAUAAGAUAUGCUCCCUGGCGAAGAAAAAUACAGAAGCUGGUGACAAGAAUGAUGAAGGGUCAGAAUAUGAAUGGUUUGAAGAAAACGUAUUGGACGAAAAUUAUGACAUUAAAAAGGUUUAUGUGAAUGAACUGACAAAUUGUCAUUGUAAGCCUGCCUUAAUGUAUGAUUGCAAUAAGUUUGGUGUAACUUACACGCCAAUAGGGUCAGAAUAUGAAUGGUUUGAAGAAAACGUAUUGGACGAAAAUUAUGACAUUAAAAAGGUUUAUGUGAAUGAACUGACAAAUGUAAGAUUCCCUUGGAUAAAAGAUUUCUAUAUUGGAUCUGAUAAAGAAACAAAAUCAUGGCAGAUGUGCAUCACCUACGCUCGAAACACAAAACCUUGCAUGCAAGAUCUAAAGAACGUGUUUGGUGAUAACAUUGCCUCGUUCGUUAAAUUCACCCCAGAAGGUGAUGCUAAGAAGUUUCAAUUUCUUCAAGCAUCUGGUUCUGGUGAAAUGAGUAAACUACCUACAGCCAAGAAGUAUGGCCUGCAAUUUGACGAAACAAAAGGAAAACGCCUUCUGAUAACAGAAUAUGAAGAAGACGAUUUUUUCGAAGAAGAAGGCAGUUCAGGGACGUUUACGAAUUUUCCAUUUGCUAUGGAGAGCGACGAAGAAGAUGAAGAGAUAUCACGAACUUCCUCUUGUUUUCUUGACACAUUUGAAGCACACAACAGACAGAAGGAGGACUACUGUACCUAUGACGCUGCUGGAUUUCUUGGUAGCAGGCCUUGGUGCAUGCCAUGGGCAAGAACAUGGUGUUUCGAGGAUAGAAAAUGCGAAAGGAACACUCUUUCAGAAAUUUGA